AGCGACGCGGAGGGAGAGCUAGGAGGAGAUGGACUGGACCAUUUAUUUGGCUGGGAUGGGGGAGAGAGGAGAACUAAAGGGAGAAAAGGAAAAUAAGGAAAGGAUGAACUUGGAUACAUUGUUGGCUGUACGGCGGAGCGUGGUCUAGAGUUUGAAGUUUAAGGAAGGCUCGAGCCUACCCUCGACCUGGGACUGAUGCUCCCACAGAGGUCCGUCCGGUGGUUUGGUACGGCCUGGCUCACCGGACCUGCCAGAGCUCAGUCGGCCGCAGCUCAGCUGGGCUCCCGGCGCCGCCUCCUCCCAGCUUGCGGUAGGCUGCCGGGCUUCUGUGGGUGGGGGAAGGCUGGACUGAUGCAGCGUGCCCAGUGCCAGUGGCUACCCUGUUGGACAGCGAAGAUAUAGAAUAUUUCCAUCAUUGAAGAACUUUCUGUUGGUCAUUGUUGGACUGGAGAAACUCGAAGAUGACAACGGCAACACGACAAGAAGUUCUUGGCCUCUACCGUAGAAUUUUCAGGCUUGCGAGGAAAUGGCAGGCUGCAUCAGGGCAGAUGGAAGACACCAUUAAAGAAAAACAGUACAUAUUAAAUGAAGCCAGAACACUGUUUCAGAAAAACAAAAAUCUUACAGACACAGACCUGAUUAAACAGUGUAUAGAUGAGUGCACAGCCAGGAUUGAAAUUGGACUACAUUACCAGAUUCCUUAUCCAAGGCCAAUUUAUCUACCUCCUAUGGGCCUUACCCCACUACGAGGCCGGGGACUUCGAAGCCAGGAGAAAUUGAGGAAAUUUUCCAAACCAGUAUAUCUCAAGUCUCACGAUGAAGUUUCCUAACCCAGAAAAAAAGUUUUUUUCUGAGAAUGAUGAGCCAACUAGGUCUUAAAUGUAAACCAGACAACAAAGCUCUUCUUGAUUAGGAGCAAAAAUCCAAAUAUCUUCUUAAAACCUUUGAAAUACUGGUACUCACCCCAUGAUGUGUGCUCACACAUCACUACAGUUUGUCAGGAUCUUGCUGCCUGAGUGGACAACACUAACCCUAGAGGCCAUGGACCUUAUAUCCUCACUGAAGCAUCAUCUGGAAACAAGACUAAGGCCUGUGGGCAGAAGACUGAAGGGUGACAAAGCUCUUCAAGGGAAUGCCGAUCACCAGACAUGCCAGCUGAUAUGAAGAAAUUAGCCAGUUGCUGGAAGUUCUCAUGGCUACUAUAAAACUAUACACCGCCCCUCAGAAUAUUUUUAGGCUUUUUUUUUUUCAAGUUAUAGAUUUGCUUAAAAGUGAGGGGGUUUUUUUUGUUUGUUUGUUUGUUUUUUGUGGUACACAGGCCUCUCACCGUUGUGGCCUCUCCCGUUGUGGAGCACAGGCUCCCGACGCGCAGGCUCAGCGGCCAUGGCUCACGGGCCCAGUGGGAUCUUCCCGGACCGGGGCACGAACCCGUGUCCCCUGCAUCGGCAGGCGGACUCUCAACCACUGCGCCACCAGGGAAGCCCAAAAGUGGGCUUUUUGUGUGUGCUUUGUUGUCUUUUGACACUUCCAAUUUCCACAUAAACUCCCCUUAAAAAGCGCAUCAUUGGAUCAAUCAUGGUUUUUCAUUGAAAUUUUAUAUGAGACCCAUCUCUGCCCCAGACAUACACAUACACAAAAGUUCAUGUCUUAGGUAAAUGCAUAUGUUUAGUUUAUCUUAAAGCCUAUAAUUACUUUGGAUACACUUAGGAUCUGAAAGGCUCACUAGAAACUCAUACUGCAUUCAUUAUGAGAAUUUUACAUUAACAUAAUUAGGAAGUACAAGAGCUAAGCUGGCUUUCAAAUUAUAUCCAGGCUGAAAUGGGACAAGUAGAGAUCAAAACACAAAGGACUUACACCUCUGCAUGUGUGGACACAGGUGAGCUUCCCAUGGCAGUUCAUUUGUACGUCAGCGUCAUUCCCCCUUACCUCCAAAGGGGCUGGGUAAUCACCAAUAAAGAAAAAUCUCUAGUGAUUUUGGUCUCUCUGUACUGUUUUCCAGAAUCGCCUUGUGAUCCUCAAAAGCAGCAGUUGAUAACUUCCUGCCCAUACCUAGAUUUAGGAUUCACUUGUCACACAGAUUCUCUAAUUUAAAAUACGUAUAUUUCAAUUUCAAAACCCGUUCCUGUGAGCAGGAACAUACUUUAUCAUGCUCAGGAUAAGUAAGUAUUACAGGGUUUGGCAGUGACA